AUGGCAUUCAUCAAAUCUUCAUUGGUCUUGGCCGUAGUGGCAGCCGUCGGCCGCUGCGAAGUACGCCUACUUCCCGGCGCCGCCCCAUCCCCGUACGCCUACCCAGGACUGUUGCCGUACUCGGCCGCACCCGCCGCUUACCCAUACUCGGCCGCACCAGCUGCUUACCCGUACGCCGCUUACCCAUUCAGAGCGCCGCUCUUGCCGGCCGCCUCCCGUGCCGUGGCAUCCCCGCUGCAAGCGUUCCCGGCCCCGGCCGCUCGCUUCGCCGCCGCCCCAUUCCCAGCCGCAGCCGCCGUAGCACCGUUCCCAGCCGGUGCACCGCUGGUCCGCGCCGCCGCACCGUUGCCCGUGGCCGCCGCCGCACCGUUGCCCGUGGCCGCCGCUCCUGCCGUGGCCAAGCUCGACUUCACGGACGCCUACCCGCAAUACCAGUUCGCAUACACAGUCCGAGACUCGCUGACCGGUGACGCCAAGGACCAAGAGGAAGUUCGCGACGGUGAUGUGGUCAAAGGCCGCUACAGCUUGAUCGAACCCGAUGGCAGCCGCAGGACCGUCAACUAUUACGCCGAUGACGUCAACGGAUUCAACGCUGUCGUCCAAAAGGACGUGCCAGUGGUGGCUCCAGCCGUCGCCCCUGCCGUAGUGGUAUAA